UACUAUAACCAGACCACUUAGAAGGACCUCUUCAGAGUACUCAUAGUAAAUUUAUAUCUUUAUCCCACAGAGAGAUAGCAUAUAUCUAUUAAGAGCUUAAAUGUUAUUGAAUAUCCUUCCUCCAGUAGAAUAUUUUGUUCUUUGGUGAGUUUCUAAUGACUAGCACGAUGCCUGGCACAUGGAACUCAUUCAUUCACUCAAUAUACAUUAUUGAAACCCAGCACUCAGUAAAGCUAGUCACACAGUUCCUAUUUCUGUGGGGCUUAAAUUCUUAACAAACAGACAAACAUUCCCAGCAUGUGAGCUCCUACCAUGAUGCAACCACCGUACUCAGUAUUGUUGAGCAUUUAAAGCACAAGCGAAAAAGGAAAACAGGAUCAUUGCUUGCUUUUCGGUGCUCCUCACACAGCCAUUUGUCAGUAAUGUGAUACCCAUUCACACCAUUCUUUCUUUGCCCAAGAUGUUUCCCUUGUCUGUUCCCUUCUUUUAUGUUUAGUGAAUUCUUACUAUUUAAGAACCAAAUCAACCAUCAUCACUGCCAUGAAGCCUUUUUGUAAUGAUUGCCUAGAGAUGUCAGUUGCCCUAUCAUUUAUACUCCUGAAACCGUUUUCAGAAAUAUGUAUUUCAACACAAGAUCGAUCUAUCUAUCUAUUCUCAAUAUUUGACUGCAAGCUUCUUGAAUGGACUUUCAUUAAUAUUUGUAUAUGAAGCACCUAACCCUGUGCCUGACAUAUACUUUCUACUUGCUGAACUGUUUGUUUGUUUGUUUGCUAAAAAUCAUCUGGAGAUAUCAGACUAAUGUAUAGAAAACUUGAAAUGAUGACAUGCUAAACUCUGUGGUUUCUGAUGACAUGUCAAACAGACAGAGGAAAGAGUGAGUGGAAGAUCACAUCAGGCUUCGUGAAGUUAAUAGCCUUCCCUCGGUUGAGGAUUAAGAUUAUAAUGGCCAGAAAAAUAAAACGCAUUCCAUUCAGAAGAAGUAAUAUAAACACAUGUUCAGAGAUAGAAGUAUCCAGAGGUUAAGAAAUUGCUCAGAUGUCCAGAAUGGAAACUCCGUUGAGUAGGACAGACUGGGCAAAGAGGGGUGAUAUACAAUCAUCUUGUGAGAUGUGCAUUACUUAGGGGUCUCCAGAGAAACAGAGCUAAUAGCAUGUAGAAUAUGCAUACACUGGGCAUUCAUCAUUCACACAGCCUUCAUAAUUUGAACAGAAGAGCUGAAACUGACUCCAUAAGUGAAUGCAUAAAUUUGUGGAGAGAAGAGAAGAAGGAAAUGCAAAAUGGUGAGGAAAAAAAUUCAUAAUGGUGAAGUGAGCAUACUUGAGUCAACUGAGAAAAAUCCAGCUUGUGAGGUAAAGCCUGAUUCUGAUAGACUUGUUUAAUACCAGUGUAAUAAUUCCUUGGAUACACGCGGAAGGGUGCAGGCCAUUCAAGAGAAAAGCUUCAUGUUAGUUACCUGUUAACUCAAAGGGAGUAAAAUGCUCACCUUUGACACCAGGCUUAUUACCUUGUGGUUAACCCAAAAGCACCCUUGAUAGCUUAAUCUUACUGUACCAUGAUGAAAAUCUUGUUUUUCCAGGUGAGAUAAGUUAAAGAAUGAGUAAUGAUAUAUGCAUUACUACUGGAUUUGAGGUGUGAUUUUUGAUGAAUUAUCUCUGAGGUUUGACUUAAGUAAGACUCAAAUUCUAUGUACAGAAGGAAAUAAAUUAAGAGCAUAAAUUUCCUAGGACCCCAUGCUCCCCUAGUAUCCUCCAAAUCAGAGAGUUCAAAUCAACCAGUUCCUGAUGAUUGAUUGGGUAUCAGGAACUGAUUCGUGAACCCUUUACUAAUGGUAAUCCUUCAUUUGUUUGAACAUCUCCAAUGUCAAGAAACCCACCAGACCAGACCACUUCCCUUUCAGUCAGUUCCGAUUGUUGGAAAUUCUUCCUCAAUUGAGCACAACUCUGCUUUUCUGUGCUUUUACAAGAUUUCCUAGUUCUGCUCUCUGAAGCCUCCUAGAAAGAUAAUUAUUCCUUUCCCAUUUGACAACCCUCCUUUUGUUCAAAACCCACUGUCAUGUUUACUAUCUCCUUUAUAUAGAUUUAAAAUACUCUCUUCACCCCAACAUUCUUCAGUUUUACCUAAUAUGAGAUGGUUGCCAAUCUCGUCACUAACUUCACCAACUGGAACCUUCUCCUCUAGGUGGCUACAGCUGAUCUUAAGUGAUGGUACUCAGGAGUAAACAUGGUGAAUCCAGGAGUGGUCUGGCCAGGAUGAACACUGGAACUUCAGUUUAACACAACAUGAGCCUGUACAGGCUGCUCGCUAAGAUGAGGGACCGUCUUCAGUAUGUCGCCUGCUUCUUUGCAUUUUUCUCUGCUGGGUUCUUGGUUGUGGCCACCUGGACAGACUGCUGGAUGGUGAAUGCAGAUGACUCCCUGGAGGUGAGCACAAAAUGCCGAGGCCUCUGGUGGGAGUGUGUCACAAAUGCCUUUGAUGGAAUUCGCACCUGUGAUGAGUACGAUUCUAUAUAUGCUGAACAUUCCUUGAAGCUGGUGGUAACUCGGGCGUUGAUGAUUACUGCAGACAUUCUAGCUGGAUUUGGAUUUAUCACCCUGCUGCUUGGUCUUGACUGUGUGAAAUUCCUCCCUGCUGAGCCAUACAUCAAAGCCCGCAUGUGCUUUGUUGCUGGAACUACAUUACUAACAGCAGGUGCCCCAGGAAUCAUUGGUUCUGUGUGGUAUGCUGUUGACGUUUAUGUGGAACGUUCUUCUCUGAUUUUCCACAAUAUAUUUCUUGGCAUCCAGUAUAAAUUUGGUUGGUCCUGUUGGCUCGGAAUGGCUGGGUCUCUGGGUUGCUUUGUGGCCGGCGCUGUCCUCACAUGCUGCUUAUACCUCUUGAAAGAUAUCGGACCUGAGAGGAACUAUCCUUAUUCCAUGAGGAAGGCCUAUUCAACUACAGCUAUUUCCAUGGCCAAGUCGUACGCAGCCCCCCGGACACAGACUGCCAGAAUGUAUGCUGUAGACACUAGGGUGUAAGGUGCCGCGUGUCAGUCUGUGUGUGUGUGUUAUGUAAUCACUCAAUGUGUUCAGGCCAAUAAAAUAACAAGCCGAUCCAGGAACAGUUAUCUAGACUUUGUGUUCAACUAAAUUAAUUGCUCACCUUAAUCAAAAAGUUUGAUUCUCCUAUUACUUCUCCUUUUCAAUUCUUACAUUCUUCCACGUUUUUUUUUUUACCCCUCCUCUCUCACACACACACUUCCCUUGUAUUUAACGAUAAGGUUGCCAGGAUAUAAAAAUGUUUGUUUGUGAUUUCCAUGUUGCUAUUAGAGAUUGUGACAUGGUAAUGUUAAAGCAAAAUGAUGCUUUAAGAAUAGAAAGCAACUUUCAAAAGAGGCCAGAGAUGCUAAUCUUUGAAGGGGUUGACAGGCUCUUAGCUCCUUCCCUGGCUUUUGCUUCACUUCUUGUAUUCUCAACUGAGCAAGAUAUUUGAUAACUUUGAAAAAGAUGGCUCUUCCAAAUUCAAACCAGUAUAUCAAAGCUUACCAUUGCUCUGAUUCUGUUAAAAUAGGAAAAGAAAAUAACAGCUUGGUGUACCAGUUAUGGGUGGGAGUCAAAGUUAAAAAGGUUCCCCUCCACACUCUAAAUGUCAAAAGCAAAUGCUAAGUUAAUACUGGAGUCAGUGCUGAAUUUCUUCCUCAUUAACAACAUAGGAGACCUGUGUAUCAUGUUAUCGCCACUCCAAGUUUGCCUGUGUACUGUCAAAUAUUAAACUGCAGCAGUGAUAGCUAAACAAGGGAGUUCACUCAGUAUUGAAUGGACAUCCAAAUGUGUUCUAGAAUGUACCAUAAUAGAAUUCACCACUUCAGGUGUCCUCUCACCGCUGGAUCUUCAGCACCCAGCAAAAUCUCUGGCAUGUGAUAAACUGUGCCAAAUAUCUGUUGCCUGAAAGAAAUAAAGGCACACAACUCUCGACUGAAAAUAAUCACUUUCCCUCAGAAAAUAUGUGCUUUUUAGAAAAAACAGAAUUAUAUAUGCACUUAAAAAAAUCAGUAGAUGAUUGCUAAUGGGAUUUUAUUCGUAUAAUAUAACCUUAUUUUUUUAAAUUGUAGAGUUUGUUUUUCAAGUUAUAAAAUUUAACCUCAGGUUUUCUAAUUCCCUAUUACUCACAUGAAUAGCAUUAAUACCUUUGUGGUACCUUAACAGACUGUCAGCUGAACUAAAAAUUAGUUCUUUGGAAAAAAGGAAAUUUAGUUGUGAAUUUCUGAAGCUCCCAAAAGAAAUGUUUCCAAUUAAGAAAGAUAAACAUACUGUGAAAUUGAGACGAUGGAAGCUGGUACGUGAACUGUGGAGAAUGAUGUUCAUGAAUUCACGUGGUAUCUCUUUACCAGUAUCUCAGGAGAAUGUCUAAUCUAAUCUUAGAAUUAAGAACAGUUGAUUCACUUUUAUUUCAUGGAUAUUAUUAACUUGUGUAAUUGACAUUUAACAAAAUCAUUUGUAGAUUAUGUUUACUAGUUCUAUGGGUAUUCAUCUAUGCAUUUCAAAAUUUGUUUUCUGUUGUUCUUUAUUUUCAACCUUGGCUUUUAAAAUUUCUAUUCCCACAUUUAUUUUAUGAUAUAUCAUGUUUUAUACAUUCUAAUAAGUCUCCUGAAAUACUCCUGGGGAAAGGCAGGAUAAAGUUAGUUAAAUAACUAGUUAGAUUUUAGAGAUACAGAUCUUCCCCCCCUCAAAGGUUUCAUUUGUAUGAGGGUAUAUCUCAGACAGUUAUGGUGAUAAUUGAAAUCUAUGAAUGUUUAAAAUUUUUUUUGCAAUAAAAAUAUUUUGUAUAUCCUAGAAGGAAUAUUCAUAUUUUUAAAAAUUCUCUGGGAACAUUUAUUCCUAAUCCACUGUGAUUUAAUGAAACACCCCAAAAUGAAGUAUAACAAAGAAUAUAUUUUGUACAGCAACUAGUGAACACAGAACAAAUAAUAAAUUAUGAAGCAGUAAUAAUUAACAAAGUGGUGCUUAGCAUGCGCAGAAAGAAAAUAUAAGCCCAAGGUAUACACAUUUGUGAUUAUUAUGUUGAAGCAUUAAAACAGCCCACUAAACUCUGAGUAUUACAAUUUACUUAUAUCUUGUUAAUUGUGGUAAGAAAAAUAAAAAUUUAUAAAAUGGAGCAAUCUUAUUACCUAUCCCUUUAUUAACUAUUACUUUCUAAUAUCACAUUUUAAUUGAAAUUAGCUAUUUGUUAUUAUAAAAGCUAUAUAGGUGCAUUGUAGAAAGUUGGAAAACAUAACCAAAAGUGUAUGAUAUUUAAAUACCAUGGGACUGACUAUAUUCUCUCCACCUGUAUCACUGCUCCUAAAACCUUCCUGAACAUCUCUACAUUCUUCCAGAUAUUUUGUGUUUACACACAUACACACAGACAAUAUAUUUCUUUUUUAAGAGAUCAUUUUUAAGAGGUCACUUUAAGAGAUCAUGUGUUGCUUUGUAACCUACUUUUUUCCUCCAUUAAUUACCAUUAUCUUUCCAUAGCAAUACAUUUGCAUCUUAUCUAAUACCUGAUCCAUGUUUAAAUUUCCCUGAGUUUCUCAAAAUGCACUAUGCUACUGUUUACUUCAAACCAAUAUUUGCAUUUCCUCUGGUUGUUAUGCCUUUUAUGUCUCUUUUAACCAAGCUACAUUUUUUUUUUUUUAAUCCCUGGCUUUUUUUUUUUAAAGAAACUGAACUGGUUUUCCUACAGUUUGUUCCAUCUUCUGGGUUUUCCUGGUGGUGUCAUUUAGAUUGUUUCCCUAUACCUUGUAUUUCCAGUAAACUGGAAUUUAAAUCAAAAGGCUUUGAUGGAAUCAAGUCAAAUAGUUCCUUACAUACACCAUACGUGAAUCUUAUCUGGAGACCUAAUAUCUGGUUGAUUUAGCCUCAGUUGUGCUAAGGUUGUUCACUGGAUUGGGGCGAUGCCAAUCCAAUGCUUCCAUUCUUCACUUACACAUAUUUUUCCUUUAGUGACAAAAAUGAGUGAUUAUUGUGGUGCUAUUUUGGAAACUCGGAAUAUCUCAUUCUCUAUCAACCAUAAUAAUAAAUUUAAAAUAAUACUUCUAACAAUUGAUAAUCUUUAUCUGAGUAAGUAAAUACAUCAGUUACAGGUUGAAGAAAGAUUACUUUUAAAUUUCUAUUUUAGGUCCAUCUGCUGAAAACUUCUGUAAAAUAAGCCUUAGUCUCUUCGUUUGUCUGUUUAGUUACCCUGAGAAGACAGGAUAAAUGGUUAAUUCUUCCCCUUCAUUUACCAAUUUACUCAUACAAAAUAAGGAGCUGGUUUAUUAGUGAGAUAAUAUAUAAUUUAUCAGCCAAACAGGGACAAUCUGAGAAUAAAAGUGGGUGCUAUAAAUAAUUAAGUCAGAACUCUCCUGGGAAAGCAAGGAGGUAUGGUUCUUCUUUUAGCUCGAAGGAUGAUGAAUAAUUUGCAACUAUUUCUUUGUAUUUGAGUGUCAUUAUAACUUGCAGAGUUUCAUUGAUUUAAUGUGUUUUAAUCCGCAAUACCUAUUAUUAUUAUGAUACUUACAUUGGUUCCCCUUUGGUCUUGUGUGGGCUUUUUAAAGCUGGCUCCUGUGUUUUCUUGACACAGUUCUUUAAAAAAAAUUUUUUUUCAGUAAUUGUAAUGUUGAAGUACAUACAGAAAAGUACAUGUUUACAGCUAGAUGAAUUUUCACAAAGUGAAUAUACCUGUAUAAUCUGUAUUCAUGUCAAUAAAUAAAAGAUUAUCCUUUCUCAGAAGUU